CAACUCUGUUGUUCACCCAAAGUUUAUCUCUAUGAAUCAAACCUCGUAAAAACCAUCACACUCAAAAAUUUCUGGCACGGUGUUCAUAUUUAUUCCCAUGCAUUUGUGCUCAUCUUUGUCUUUUACCCUCCAAGUUUCUGAAAUGGGUAUCUUUGCAUUGAUGACAGGAAGGCCAGGGCCUAGUGGGUUUGGGUCAGCUUCAACUGCUGAGCAGGUCACUGAAGGAGUUGAUGCUAGCAACCUUACCGCUAUUGUAACUGGUGGGGCAAGUGGGAUUGGGUUUGAGACAGCAAGAGUCUUGGCACUUCGUAGAGCCCAUGUCAUCAUUGCCGCCAGAAACAUAGAGGCUGCUAAUGAAGCAAAACAGGCUAUUAUUAAAGAAAAUAUAAGUGCCCGAGUGGAUGUUCUGAAACUUGACCUCUGCUCUCUCAAGUCUGUUAGAGCAUUUGUUGAUAGCUUCAACGCUCUUGAUCUUCCUCUCAACCUCUUAAUAAACAAUGCUGGUGUUAUGUUCUGCUCCCACCAGCUUUCAGAAGAUGGAGUAGAGGUGCAGUUUGCAACCAAUCAUCUUGGCCAUUUUCUCUUAACAAACCUUCUGCUUGACAAAAUGAAGAACACCGCUAGAACUACUGGUGUAGAAGGCAGAAUUGUGAUUCUGUCAUCACUUGCUCAUACAACCCCUUACCAAGAGGGGAUUCGAUUCGACAAGAUCAACGAUCGAAUUGGUUACUCAGAACUGAAGGCAUAUGGGCAAUCCAAAUUAGCAAACUUACUGCAUUCCAAUGAGCUCUCUCGUCGAUUGCAGGAAGAAGGUGUGAACAUAACAGUCAACUCAGUCCACCCAGGAUUGAUCAUGACACCUCUCAUGAGGCAUUCUCCUCUUUUGAUGAAAACUUUCAAGUUGUUCACCUUUUGGAUGUGGAAGAAUGUACCUCAGGGAGCAGCCACAACAUCAUAUGUAGCACUGCACCCAAAAAUGAAAGGUGUGACUGGAAAAUACUUUGUGGACUGCAACGAAAUGAAACCCAGCUCACAUGCUGGAGAUGAAAAGUUGGCCAAAAAGCUUUGGGACUUCAGCAACAAGUUGAUCGAUGGGGCUUCCAAAAGCUGAUUCUUUAAGAAGCAUAAGCAUAUCCUGUGAAUCUAAGAUGCCUACCACUUGGAAUUGCAAGACAUAAUCAUUUAUAUUUAGUGAUUGUCAUUUAUCAUGUGAUGUUAUAAAAUGAACUGGUAUAUGUGCGAA